AUGGAUGUUCCGCACAAACGAAAGGUCACUUCCAAGUUGUCCUACAAUCAGCCCUCCACCUCCAGGCCCGUAUCUCCUGUCAAGGCUCUGUCCUCUUCCCCCUCUCUCUCGACGUUGAGACCGAAAGCAAAGGUCAACACUAUCGCUACUCCUCGUAGUACGAAGGCAAAAUCAGUGGUUUCCGUCAGUCCAGCAAGCAACAUUUCAUCUCCUCUCCUCCGACCUUCUUCUCCAUCCAAAACACAACGUCCAAUCACUUCACCACAAGCUGGCCAACCCAGAAUAAGAGCCAUUCGCACAAACUUCACCCCCCAAGUAUCGAGGUCUACACCUGGAACUCCAAUAAUCACCUCUGUAGACCCGAUAGACGAUACCGUGACGGCGCCGCGGUAUGGAAUGAACGCUGGCAUCAAUAGGUCGCCACAGUUAUCGGACAGAGACGGUCUAUUUUACUCAGAGCUAUCGUCUAACGAGAGCUCUUUGUUGACCGAUAACCAAUCCGACCCACCACCUCUCAAAAAAAUUAAAUCCAAAGUCUCGAGGGUAGCUCGGCCAGCCUCAGCCGCAUCAGACUCAUUAUCACCUCCUCUCGGUCCUUCAUACCCGUCGUCUAAACCCGGAACUCCACGUGCCAGAGCCUCUUCCAUUUCCUCCGGUGUUUCGUUAAACUCUCCUCGUACCAAACCUCCUCCCAUAACCUCUUCGCCCGCUGCCAAGACCAACUACAAUUUCUAUCCGAUAACUACAGCAACACCAGCUGCCAAUCCACAUCGCUUCGCGUCUACGCGUGCCUCUCCACCUCCUCUGUCACAUCAGUACCAGCCGUUUUCGUCGCCAACAACGCGUGAUGAUGUGAAUGUCAAUUAUGACAACCACAAUCACCUGAAACAUCGACAAUCAAUAUCGACGAUUGUUGAUCCGACCUGUGUUCCUCUUCCACCGCAUUCACCACCGGCAUCUGCCUUAUCGUUUUCUUCGAGGUCGUCAGCUUCAGCAUCACGUUCAUCCGUUUCGGCUGCAUCACAGAGCAGCGCUCCUUCCCAUCAUACGCAACACGGAUCGAGAGACCUCAAGUCAGGUGUUGAAGCUUUGGUUCAGAUAAAUGGUUUUGAAGAUGAUGAGAAUGCCCUCGGUUUAACACACGAUCAUGUAGAUGAGCAAGAGAGCGAAGAGAGGAAAGUGAAGGACGUAGCCAAGUCAAAUCGAAAGAUUGAAGACCUCGAAAUAACCAACCGUUCACUCCUUUCCAUUAACUCUGUUCUAGAAUCUACACGAAAUCGACAAGCCAAAGAGAUCCGUGAACUACGACGAAAACUUCGCGAAUCACGGCUAAUCCUACCUCCACGAACUUACCGGAUUAUUGCGUCCAACACUAAAGACGAGCCUGACGCUGAAGACGAAUCUGACGACGAGGAUGAACAACCUAUCAAUGGAUCGGAUGACAGUGCGUUCAUGAGAGUGAGGAUGUUGAUAAACGACAUGGUUGAAUCGGGAAAACGUGCGUUGGCUAGUAAGCCGGAGGAUUUUAUGGUCGAAGGGAAAGGUGGUACGAAGGUGUUGACGGCAGAAGAGGUACGGUUCUGGCGAGAUUCGAGCGGAGGUACCGAGGAGCCUACAUUACAUGAAGGUCGGACUUCUCCCUCUAGGAGUGCCAUUCCAAAUCUCCACGACGGCGACGAGUUAGAUUCCGAAGAUGAGGUUGCUGCGAUGACUUUACCUCAUUCCGAUUCCAGUUCGUCUGGUACACCCCUGGUAGUUGGUACACCCCCUUCAUAA